AUGGGGAGUAUUGGUACGAGUGAUGGUAAUUGCAAGGGAGGGAGAAAAAACAAAGAUGUUGCUCAAGGUAAUUCUGAAAAUGGUUCAACAUUUUGGGAAAAAUUGAGGUUUUUUCUAGGUUGCUUGCUUUUUAGUUCAAAAGGAGAAGGAUCCUCCAUUGACAAAAGCAAACAAGGUGAAGGAAGAAAUGUUGAGAAGAAAAGAUCCUCAUCCACCAGCGAAAGCCAGGAAUUUAUUAAAAGUUCUUCCAAUCUUAGAAGGUUCACUUUUCACGAUAUUCAGUUGGCAACAAAGAAUUUUGACAGUACGAAUUUUCUUGGUAGGGGAGGUUUUGGAACUGUGUUCAAAGGUUGGGUUGAUGAAAUCGGAAAUUAUGCAGAAACUGGUACAAGGAUUCCAGUAGCAGUGAAGACUCUCAACCCAAAUGGGUUUCAAGGUCACAAACAAUGGCUUGCUGAAAUCAAAUAUCUGGGUGAACUCCAUCAUCCUAAUCUAGUAAGAUUGGUUGGCUAUUGCAUGGAGGAAGAUAAAAGGGUACUUGCAUACGAGUUCAUGUGUCGAGGAAGCUUAGAGAAGUAUCUGUUCCAAAGAGGAACUACGCGACUUCCAUGGUCUAUUAGGAUGAAAAUUGCAAUGGAUGCUGCUAAUGGUUUGACAUUUUUGCAUGAGGAAGCUUCACUAGCAGUAAUAUUUCGAGAUUUCAAGACAUCCAAUAUACUAUUAGAUAAGGCCUUCAACGCAAAACUUUCAGACUUUGGGUUUGCAAAAGAUGCACCAGUGGGAGAUAAAACGCAUAUAUCUACUGAGGUGAUGGGAACCGAAGGCUAUAUAGCUCCCGAGUACGUGAUGACAGGACACCUUACUUCGAAGAGUGAUGUUUACAGCUUUGGGAUGGUUCUCCUUGAAAUGUUGACAGGAAGAAGAGCUGUUGAUCAAAGGAGGCCAACAAAAGAGAAAAAUUUGGUAGAUUGGUUGCGACCUCGUAUUAGGAGAAAAGAAAAUUUUCAUCAAGUGAUGGAUCCUAGAUUUGAAGGACAAUAUCCUGUGAAACAAGCCUAUAGGGCAAUGAGGUUGGCCAUUCACUGUCUUCGCCUUGAUCCAGAAACAAGACCCCUUAUGAGUGAUGUGGUUCGCGAGUUGCAGUCUUUGCUCGCUCAUGAUGAUGACAUGCCUUCUGGUCCCUCAACCUCAUCUCCCUCACCUUCAAUCCCCUCACUUCCAAGAAUUCAUGUUGGCCCCUCAAACCAUGCUGGUGUUAACAAGUAUGGCCUUAGAACUGGUCCGGCACCAAAUAAACUGGGAAUGCGAUUGCAGUGGUUCACGGAGUUCUCUGCACAUUGCAUUCAACGAGCUGUUUUCACAAAGAAAUGUGUUUGGUUCAGCAAUGGAAGAAAUUGUAGAAAUGAUAUUGAUAGAAAUGAUGUAAUUGCCCAAAGAUCAUCAUCCACUGGAAAGUUAAGUAACUAUGCAAGAUCAAGUCCUCUUGAUCAAAAAUUAAUUGUAGCUUCUUUGCUUCUUCGAAGGUUCACCUUUCACGAUCUUAUGUUGGCAACGAGAUCUUUUAAGGUUGAGAAUUUUUUUGAUGAGGAAGGGUUUGGAAUUUUAUUGAAAGGUUGGAUUAAUCCAUAUGGCAACUAUGCAGCAAGACCUGGAACAGGGAUUCCCAUUGCAGUAAAAGCACUUAACUUCAAUAGACUUCAACAUCACAAUGAAUGGCUUGAUGAGAUUAUUUAUCUUAGUGAACUUCAUCAUUUAAAUCUGGUCAAAUUAGUAGGGUUUUGCCUUGAGGAUGAGAAAAUGCUACUUGUAUACGAGCAUAUGAGUGAAGGAAGUUUAGAAAAGCAUCUUUUCAAGACAGGAACUAGGUUUCUUACAUGGCCUACAAGAAUGAAAAUUGCAAUUAGUGCUGCUAAUGGCAUGGCAUUUUUGCAUGAGGAAGCUUCAAGACCAUUAAUAUUUCGAGAUUUUAAUACAUCUAGUAUCCUAUUGGAAAAGGAUUACAACACAAAACUUUGGGACUUUGGUUUUGCAAAAGAUGCUCCAGUGACAAGUAAGGUGGUAGGAUCAAAAGGGUAUGAAGCCCCUGAGUAUGUGAUGACAGGACAGCUUACUUCGAAGAGCAACGUUUAUAGCUUUGGACUGGUUUUACUUGAACUCUUGACAGGAAGAAGAGUGAUAGAUGAAACAAUGCCUCUAGAGGAGCAAAACUUGAUGAAAUGGUUGGGGCCUCGUGUUAGAAACAAAGCAAAUUUUCACUAUUUGAUGGAUCCUAGACUUGAAGGUCAAUACCCAACAAAAUUUGCUCAUAGGACAAUGAGGUUAGCUGUUCAAUGUCUUCGUCUUGACCCCAAAACAAGACCUCUUAUGAGUGAAGUAGUUCGUGAGUUGAAGUCUUUGCAUGAUCAAGAUGCUUCAGUAUCAGUUCCUUCAACCUCACUUGGGAGAAUGCAUAUAGGUUCAUCCAACCAUGGUAGUGCUACCAAGUAUGGCCUUGGAAUAGGUUCUUCUUCAAAUGUUCCAAGGUGCUUUCAAGACUAUCCUCUACCUCUACCUCCACCUUUACCUCCACCUCCACUUCGACCUUCAUCCAAAUCCUAG